AUGUCUGCUCAAAAGUCCGUACCCGAAUUCCACGCAGCCGUCCAGAACGUCAAUGCGACCGAUGGAUGGGACGUCAUGGUCUCCUACUCCCAAGACCCGCUGAAUGCUCUCCUCCAAGAGGCCUGGGGCAAGUGCCCCAAGUUCAGCAAUGUCUCCUUCAAACAUAGCGAAACGAUCAACAAGGCCACUAAAAUAACCAUGAUUCGUGAUUUCACUCUGGAUCUGUCCUCUCCUGUCCUUCAAUUUGACGCUUCGGAAAGCCAGUCCAGGGCUAUCCUCGUCAUGGUCAUUAAUGGAUCAUACAAGACUACCGUGUUCCAGAAUGAAAAGCCAAUCGGACAACCAGGAACGGAUCACAUCGCCAAAGAUGCAUAUCAGCUGAAAGUCUUCCUGCCCAUUGCGGGCAUCAGUGGAGAUACUGUGCACAAGCCCGGCAAUGUGAUCAAACUUGACGAAAAGAAAACAACAGAAGUUGCCAUGAUCUUUCACUUCGCAAAUGACGAGGCGGUCUAUAAGAUGGAGAAGGCUGACCAGAAAAAGCGCGAGAGCGAUGACCUGAUGGACACCAUCACAGCCGAGAUCCAGGGCUGGUUCCAAAGCAAGAACCAUGUCGAUUGGAUCGAUAUCAGCAUUUCCAAAAUCUCCAACCAAAGGCCUCUCUCAGGAGACACGGAAACGCUACGCCCCCGCUCCUUCGUCAUCAGGUCACAGCCAGGCUAUCUCAAUGUCUUCAUUGCCACCAAGAAUAAGCCAGGAAGGCCCCAUCCACACUUCGAACAUAAGGGAAAUGAUGAGCUAGCACCGGUGCCGACUGGCUUUGAGGCCAGCAUCUUCAUCUCAAACAAGCUCUUCGUCAACUUCUUAGCCGAGCAGUUCAAAUACAACUUUACCGGACUCAUCAAGUCCAUUAAACCCGAGGCGAUUGAAGGUGGAAUGGGACUAGUAAUCCAGAUGGGCGACCCUCCGAGUUGGAACAUCGGCAGCACAGGAAUUGAGGAUUACAGCAUUCCAGAGUUCAGUGUCGACUUUGAUGCCUACCCGGUCACUGUGAGCGUCAAAGAUAAUUCCAGCUUGGAAACGAUUCCGAAAUGGUCCUGGGCGCCAAAGACUGACGCAACCUGGUACUUGGUGGAUAAGCGAGUGCCGGAACUUAUCACAUACGAAUGGGGUACAACCAGGAUCUCCGGGUCUUUGGAAGAGACUGGCAAGCUGUGCGGCAGUAUCGACGGAGAUGAGCUACAACUAUCGAUUGCCCUUGAUAACGCAACCAGUCUUCCCACCAUGUCCUACACGGCCAAGUGGGUUGAGGGCAAUGGUGGACGUUAUGGUUAUGUGGCAAAGCCAUAUGAUGUUCCGGAUACCAUUCGCAAUCAAGUGAAGUUCAGGCUACCUGCGCCACUUAAGGCACAGCUGAAGGGACUCAAUUUUUUCUCUGCGCAGAAUGUAUUCGUCCCGGGUGUGAGGUUUAUCAAGGCAACGACCCAAAUCAUGCCGACAGAUGUUGUGCUUCUCGGCACAAUGCCACGUAGUACUACGCAUACGGCCAACCCAGCUGCUAUCGUGCAGUCGUUAUCCGCACAGAAUUUAGCCCUGCGCUUCAUGGAUGAGAUAUACCACAACGCUUACUUUUUGGGCGAUCUCAUCAACGCAAACGUCAAGGGAGAUGCCGGUACGGUAAAGGCAGUACUUCAUAAGAGGGGCUAUGCCGACGUCACUGCUCAGGAUCUGGAGGUCCUGCGCGACUAUGUCACCCCUGGUCCAAAUUUCGAUCUUCGUUAUGCUGGAGGCGCAUACAGCGUGGACAGUCCAGGGUAUACCGCGAAGGAGCUGCUAGUUCACUCGGUUCAUCGAACCAUCUACAUCGACGGAACACCUGUGGAAUCGCAAAAAACGCUAGGAGAUGGAUCCGUCACCUUCAUAUCUAGUGAUAGCCAGCAAUCCUUCCACAUCACCUUUACUGUUCCGUUCGAUGUGCAAGGGGAAACAGGUGGUAAAUCAUUCAUCGGUUCAACCUGGGCGACUGCAAACCCCGACCAGAAAGAGCAGAUACAAGGCAGGCGUACCUUCCCCUGGGAUGGUAGAUCAGACAUCGGCACGAGUCUGGCUGCAUCGGCAAGAGAUGAUGAAGCUCUGAAGUUCCUGCCGUUGGCGCUUGAUCUGACCACUCCUCACGACCCUCAGGAGUUUCGCGCAGUUGAUAUUACCUCAGUCGCAGCGGGAUUCGCAAUUGCAGUGAAUGCAGUCACAUCGGCAAAAAACCUGAAGGCUGGUUGUGUCUGGGUUUCAAAGGUGGUGAUGAAAAUGGCCGGAAUCAAGUUGAGUCUUUCAGUGCCUGGGUUACUGGACCUGGAUAAGAUGGCAAAGGAAUUUCCAGUCAAGGCAGAAGAGGCCGUUAACAAGACCAUCAACCAGGCCAUCGAGGAAAAAAAGAGAAAAAAGGAAAAAAUUGUACUAGACCCGGUUGUGAUCGGCCAAGCCGCGAGGCCAAAGAUACUGGAAGAGAUGAAAAAAUACAUGCACAGCAAGGUCGAUGCAAAGGCCGUGAAAGAUUACGGGGCUGCGUAUGGUCUCAGUGCUUUGAAUACUACCAAGAUGGCGCAUGAGGCUGCUGAUACACAAGCAGCGAAUGUGUUUGACGGCGAACAGUACGGCUCCUAUUUGGACGCCAUGGUCGAUCGCGCAGUAACUACCCGAAGAAUGGAGAAGGCUUUGGAAAAUAAGAUUAGUCUUGACGAGGAAAUCAGGGAGGCCAAGAAUCGAUUCCUUCAAAACAAAGAACUGAAGAAAAACCAGGAGGCGGAUCUGGCAGCGAGAGAGAAGGAAGCAAAGAGAGAUAACAUGCCCGAGGAAGAGUGGAAUGGUAUCAAGGAGAAAUACGAAAGGCAGAUCAAGGAGAUUGCAGACAAGAUUACAGAGGACGAAAAGGAAAUCAAAAAGAACGAGGAAAAGUCUAAAGGAUACGACGAGGCGUGGAAGGACUCGAAGGAAAAUGAAAAGCUAAAGAAGGAGCUGGAAAAGAAGCGAAAGGAAGAGUUCUGGAAGCAUCGCAAGGAGCAUCCCGCAGAGCCAUACCAUGGAUAG